AUGGGAGAAAUUCCAACUGGUGGUCCUUUCGCAAACUUCACCGGUCAGUCAUUUUUGUCUAAUAGUGGAUUAUGUGCAUCAGCAAUUGUUGCAUUAGUCGUUGGAUUUCUGAUUUUAAGAAGAAAAAGAAAUGUGCCAUCAGGAUCAACUGACAUAUCAUCCGUGAGGGCCCACGAAAGAGUUUCAUAUGAUGAACUUCGACAAGCAACAAAUGGAUUCAGUGAGGACAGUUUGCUUGGUACUGGGAGUUUUAGCAAGGUGUACAAAGGGGUAAAAGAUGGGACAAUAUUCGCAAUAAAGGUAUUCAAACUGGAACUUGAAGGUGCAUUCAAGAGCUUUGAGACAGAAUGUGAGAUCUUACGCAACCUUCGCCAUCGGAACCUGACAAAAGUCAUAACUUCUUGUUCCAACUCUAAGUUCAAGGCCUUGUUAUUGGAGUACAUGCCAAAUGGCACCCUUGACAAAUGGUUACACUCUCAUGACUUUUUCUUGGACAUGUUUCAGAGGUUGGACAUAUUGAUCGAUGUAGCAUCUGCUUUAGACCAUCUCCAUAACGGUUAUUCAGAGCCAGUGGUGCAUUGUGAUUUGAAGCCUAGCAACAUUUUGCUAGAUCAAGACAUGGUUGGCCAUCUAAGUGAUUUUGGGAUUGCGAAAUUGAUAGAGUAUGGACAAGAUGGACUUGUAUCAACAAGUUGUGACGUGUACAGCUUUGGUAUUGUGAUGAUGGAAGCAUUCACAAGGAGGCGGCCUAAUGAUGAAAUGUUUACCGGAGAUUUGAGCCUAAGGCAUUGGGUAAAUCACUCGCUUCCUACUGGAGUUGCAGAAAUCGUGGAAGCAGACUUGAUAAGGCCAAAGGAAGAACCUCUUAAUACAAAAAUGCAAUGUUUGGUUUCUGUCAUGGAAUUGGCUUUAAGCUGUACUUCAGUGACACCUGGUGCAUGA